AUGGAAAACAGUAUCAAGAGACCAUUAGAAGAUGGAUGUCAAUAUCCGCACACAGAAAUAAAGAAACCUAACUCGGCUCGGGUCACAACAACAAUAUCAAAACCUAAAUCCUCGAAGAAAAUUAUUGGUUUCCAAGAUUUAUCCGAUGAGAUUAUCUUGUAUUUAUUUAAAUAUCUAUCACAUGAUAAUCUUGCCAAGAUGGCACUGAUAUGCCCUAACUUGUUCAGAGUUAGUCGUGAUUUUACUCUAUGGAAAACACCUAGAUUCAAAAAGUUUGAAAAAUCUAUGGAAGACGUAUACUUGAGAUACUUAAAUGAGGAUACCACUGAAUUGUUUAUAUCGUGUAAUGAUGUUCCAAGCCAUGAUUAUUCAAUUUCUCAAAAUUUCUUAAUAAAAUUGAAAACAAAAUGCCUAGAAUUACUCCAUUUAACAUUUACAAAUCAAGUAUUUGAUGAAAUAAAUGUAAAUAUUUUGCAUUCAAAAUUAAAAACGCUGACAAUUGAUAGUUCAACUAUUGAAAACGUUCCAGCCAACACUUCAUUCUUAAUCAGUAUAAACGAUACUUGCCCAGAUCUAGAGCGACUUAUAAUUACAAACAAUGAUUGGUUUUUGCCUCAAUAUUUAUAUGCAUUGUCCAAGCUAGAACGUUUAAACUACUUAAGUCUCGCAGGUUGCAAGCAGUUUAAGGACUGUGUUCCGUAUGCAAGUAUUACUACUAUAACUGGAUUCGAUUUUUUACAGACACUUGAUUUGCGUUUUACUCCAGUAAGUGAUAGGGAACUUACUUGCUUUCAAAGAUUAAGAGCUUUGAAACAUUGUCUUUUGGAAAGCCCUGAGUAUCUGAAUCAUGAGAGAGAUGAAACAAUUACUGAUGUGGGUGUGGUAACAUUCUGUACUGAUCAUUUUGAAUUCAACUAUCCGUACAUACGCAUUUUGUUUGAUCUGCUUGGAAGAAAUUUUGAAUGUUGCCGUAUUGAAACCUUAUAUGUCCGCAAUUAUCCAAAAGUCACAAUUUUCAGAUCAAUUUUUGAAGAUUGCUGCCAUAGAUUAUCCAUACCUGAAAUUAUUAGACAUUAA